CACCGGCUUCAUUCCAGUAGAGCGGAACAGCGAGGGGCAGGCAGGGGGGCAACGCGUCGGCUCCUCCUCGUCAUCAAGCCGCUUCAAAAACACGCUUCACUCCGCUACAAAACGCCACCUUGCCUCCGGAGCCUUAAACGGGGACCCUCGAGUGAGGAACGAGUAAAGAAAAAUUCGGACAACAAUCGAAUGCACCUCGCUUCCUCAUCUCUUCUUCAGGGACGCCCUUGUUUCGCCCUCUCUUAAAAGGCUUCCAAAGCGACAUUUUCUCCACUUUUUUUCCGUCAUGACCCGGAGAUCGUGUGCCAUUUACGCCACCGGCAUCGUGUGCGCCCACCUCCUCAUCGUGGGCAUCGCUCUCGUGGUGGCUCAAGUCUUCCAGACCACCAUACACAACCGCUUGAAAAAGGAAAUAACACUAACAGAGAAGAGCCAAAUGUUCGAGUCCUGGAAGAACCCUCCCCCGCCUGUUUACAUGGAGUACUACUUCUUUAACGUCACCAACCCGGAGGUGUUCCUAGCGGGCGGCAAGGCCUCCGUCCAGCAGAUUGGACCAUACACCUACAGGGAGUAUAGGCCCAGGGAGAAUGUCACUUUCCUGGAAAACGGGACCAAAGUGUAUGCCCUCAACCCUAAGACCUUCGUGUUCAUGCGGGAGAAGUCGGUGGGCGACCCCGAAGUGGACGUGCUCAGGACCAUUAACAUCCCCUUAGUGGUGGUGAUGAACGAGCUCAACUCGUACUCCUUCUUCCUACGCAGCUUCAUCUCCAUCUACAUCAAAAGCUUGGGCGCCGAGCUGUUCACCACGCGCACGGUGCACGAGUACCUCUGGGGUUUCAAGGACCCCAUCCUCACCAAGAUCCACUCCAUGAAACCCGACGUGGACGAGUACUUUGGCCUCAUGUGGAAGAAAAACGGAACCCACGAAGGGGAGUUUGUCUUCAACACUGGCGAGCAGGACUACAUGGACUACGGCAAAAUCGACACGUGGAACGGCCUCAGAGAGAUGACCUUCUGGUCAUCCAACCAAAGUAACAUGAUCAACGGCACGGAUGGCGCCGUCUUCCACCCGCUCAUCAACAGAAACGAGCUGCUUUACAUCUUCGCCGCCGAUCUUUGCAGGUCCAUCCAUCUGGCCUAUGUGAAGGAUGUGGAAGUGAAAGGCAUCCAGGCAUACCGCUUCGCGCCCCCCAGUGACGUGCUCAUGAGCCCUGUGGACAACCCGGCCAAUGAAGGAUUCUGCGUUCCUGCGGGAGACUGUCUAGGCACGGGCGUGCUCAAAGUUAGCGUUUGUCGCCAAGGUGCCCCCAUCGUGGUAUCUUUCCCUCACUUCUACCAGGCCGACCCUAAGUACAUCAACGCCAUCGAAGGCCUGAAUCCCAACAAAGAGGAGCACGAAACCUACCUGGAUCUGCAACCGACCACUGGCGUUCCCAUUCGGGCCUGCAAACGUGCUCAGCUCAAUGUCAUUCUAAAGAGAGUCACAGGCUUCCCCGAAACAAAGUUCUUAAACGAGACCAUUUUCCCCAUCAUGUACGUCAACGAGACGGCGACGGUUGACGACGACUCGGCCGCACAGAUGAGAACGCUGCUGCUCAUAGUCACCCUGGUGUCCAAUUUUCCUUUGCUCAUUGUGGGCAUGGGUCUCAUCCUGCUGCUAGUCCUGGUGGUCCUGUUCUGCCGGAACCGCCAGAAGAAGAACGAAGUAAAACGCAUUGAUUUUACUGAGGCUUUUCAUUCUUUUGCUACGGCCAAAGACGAGACGGCGUACACUCAGGUGAGCGACAAGACAGACGAGUCGCCUGAGGCACCUCCUGCUCAGCCAAUCAGGAAUGGCUCCUACAUUGCCAUGUCUCCAGUGGAUGCCCAGAAGUGUUGAUCCGGGAUCACCUUAACCCCACCCUCCUUCCCUUCCCUUGUUCCCGGAGCUCAAGGGGGGUGUCGCGCAGGAACUCUCUUAGCCGCCCCCCUGACGCCGAGCCUCCAAAGAUGAAGGACUCCAGCUCCCUCCAGAAAAUAGCCGUCUUACCACCACGGAAGUAUUAGGAACAAGAAACACAAGACUGAGCCAAAACACUUAUUCUGCCUUUUGUUUCGCGCACGAGCUGUGAUUUUUUUUCCCCGUUAACACGAAACGCAUUUCCUCCUUCAUUCCCGUCGAAUUUCCAAAAUAUUGCGGAACUCACCAAGGGCGACCGGAAAUCGGCUUUCUCUGCCUUAGCCUAAACUGUUACGCAAGCACAAUUGGGACCACCGGCGGUCCUUUCCGGUUAAUUCAGUUUCUUGAGUCAAAGACACUGUCGGUGUUACUGUGCAAAACACGGCACUUGAAUCACUUGUUGUCUUAUCAUUUCAAAAAAAAUCAAACGACACUUUUUUUGCCUGGAAAAUGUGCCCUUUUUGUAUUUAAAAUUUUUGGGGGGGGGGGUAUUUUGUCACUUCCGUUUACAGUGGUCCGCCUUUACACAACAUUUCAAACACUGUUUUGGUGUCUUUGCUGCUAGGAAGUGGCCAUAACUGAGCAUGUUGCCAAUUUAUCUAGUGUUUCACCAAUACUAUUUUUUUGUCUCCCGAUACCAAUUACAAACUGCGUGCGAUCAGCCGAUACCAUGUUUUUAAAAAAAAAAAAAAUUAUAUAUAUCGGGAGCCAAAAUAUGGUAUAUAACUCAUACCACAUUAACACUAAUGUUAGCUAUUUGGCUAGCAGUGUUUAAGGCCUCAGGUCAAGGGGGUUCCCAUGUUGAUACAACUUUUGGUCUCUUGAUACCGAUUCCAACAGUUGGCUAUCGGCCAAUGCACAUACUGAAUCCAUACGAUGUUUUUUGAAAAAAAAAAAAAAAAAAGAUCAGGAGCCAAAAUAUGGUAUGUAAAUAAUCUCACAUUAACACUAUUGUUAGCUAUUUGGCUAGCAACUGUUAAGGGUUCAGGCCCAGAAGGUUCCCUGUUGAUACUAUAUUUUGUCUCCCAAUACUGAUUCAGACUGUGUGCUAUCGGCCAAUAUUGUACCAAUUCCAUGUUUUUUGAAAAAAUGCCUCAGGAGCAAAAAAUAUGGGAUUUAAAUAUUCCCAUGUGAAAGCUAAUGUCAUCUAUUUAGCUAGCAACAGUUAAGGCCUCAGGUCCAGAUGGUUCCCCUGUUGAUACCAUUUUUUGUCUCCCGAUACCGAUUCUGUGUGUUAUCAGCCAAUUCUGACACUGUACCAUAAUUUUUGAAGAAAUAUAUCUGAAGCCAAAAUAUGGUAUGUUAAUAAUCUCGCAUUAACCGUAAUGUUAGCUAUUUAGGUGUUAGCUAUUUGGCUAGCAGCAUUUAUCCUAAUACUGAUUUGUGCUAUCGGCCAAUGCCCGUACUGUACCAAUACCAUGUUUUUUUAAAAAAUAUAUAUCGGGAGCCAAAAUAUUGUAUGUAACUAAUUCCACAUUAAAUCUAAUGUUAGUGAUUUGGCUGUUAGCUAUUUGGCUAGCAACGGCUAAGGCCUCAGGUUCAGAGUGUUUCCCUGUUGAUACAAUUUUUUUGUCUCCGGAUACCGAUUUCAACUGUUUAUCAGCUGAUAUUGUACCGAUGGCAUGUUUUAUGUAAAAAUUUAUUGGGAGCCAAAAUGUGGUUAUACAAAUAAUCCCACACUAAUUUGGGUUGCCAACAGUCCAGGAUUGCGCGGGACAUCCUGGAAUUUAGGAAGUUCUGAUUUGUACCGCUGCCGGGAUGUGCCGCACAAUCCGGGACUAUUGGCAACCCUAACGCUAACACUAAUGUUUGCUAGUUGGCUACUUGCUAUUUGGUUAGCAACACUUAAGAACUCUGGUCCAGAUGGUUCCCCUGUUGAGUUUUUAUUUAAACAUGUUUGAAACGAUGUUUAUAGUCGUAUUGCUCUUUUCCAAAAUGGUGGAAGCAUACUUUUCAGUGACCUGUGACCAAAGACACCCCCGACCGCCGACUUAUCCCCUGUCGUGCCACCUACCGAAACCGCCUAAUGUGUUUUUCCGCCGCCGUAUUCGCUGCUGUGCCUUCUCGUCAUCAAGGCUGACAAAGGAAAGACUUUUGCGUGGAAAUCUCAGUAUUAUUACCGUUAUGUAAGAUAAAAGCAAUACGGAGUUGUGUGUAUCAAUGAAUGGUUUUUGUAACAGGGCCAUGUAUUUAUGUUCGGGUUUUUGUCUUUUUGUUGUGUAAACUGUAUAGUUUAGUUCGGUGCCGCUUGGGUCCAAGUUGAUUUCACUUUCCAAAAGCACGUAGUAUUGAUGGACAGGCUGAUUAUCUUGACGUGACCAAUCAGAUGAAUGACGCCCCCCCUUUGUAGAGGGACCAGCGGUUGUGCCAUAAACCUACUCGGGGUCCUGACACCUUUCAUUUCGCACCCCUGCUUUGGUUGUAGUUUGGUUCCCAAAUGACAAUCUCCCCCCCUUUUGACAGGAGGGGUGCAAAAAAAAUUUCCAGUACAGUACUACUCAUUUUUAGUUUUUGAUAAUUUUCACUGCACACAACUUUCUUACAGUGCUUUUGUAAACAUUUCUAGUGUAUUUGCAAAAAAAUAAAGCUUGUUGUCAAGUUCA